GAAUGAUGCACAUUGCUAGCACGUUUCCCGAACGCACUCAUUGACAACCGUCGAUAAAUCGCGCAUUAACCAAUACAUUAUCGUAGUGUUUGAACGCAACUUAGUAUUUCCGCCCGUCGAUAGAUCGCGCAUUAACCAAUACAUUAUCGUGGUGUUUGAACGCAACUUAGUAUUUUCGCCCAGAAUCAGGAUAUUGCCCAUUUCAGCACGGGUCAUAACACGUAUUCGUAGAUUUCUAAACGACAAGUUGACCUUCAACCUUUUGUGAGAGAAGUUGACCUGUAUCAGCUCCUGUAGAUAAGUUUUCUCCAUUUUAUUUCAACGCAUCAGGCCUCUGAGACUUACGAUGUUGGUUGAAUAUAAAUUCUUAAAGGUCUGGGAAACCUAUAGUAUCACUUGAGGAGCUGAUCAGCAAUAGGUCUCAUAGGUCUUUGGCGCUAUAAAGGUAUACAUUUUUUAGAAGAUAUACAAGAAUCGUUUUCUUUUUUUAUUAGGAUUAGUAAUAAUGAACCCUCAAUACGCCUGGAAAUAUAUGACAGAUGACGAAAUAGUUACUGAAUACAAUGCAGUCAUUUCUGACGAGGAAUUUAGUGAUGAGUCUGAGGAUGAUGAGGAAGAAGAUAACAUCGAAUUCCCAGAAGACGCAGCAUCUGAAGAUUCUACAGAUGAUUCUGAUGUUGAUCUCGACUUUGAACCGAGCGUUUCUGAUAUUGAAGAAAAUAUAAUUUCCACAAUCAGAGAAAUCCUUGAAGGACCUGGCACGUCUGUCCAGCCAAAGUUAGGACAAAAGAGAAAAACAGGAAAGACAAGAAAACAAACUGAGUAUAUCAAAACUACGGACGGGAUAUCUCUGAAAAAAUCAAAAUCUCUUGAAGAUAAAGAAGUACCUCAACAAAUUGGAGAGACUGAAAAUGGAAAAGAGACAUAUAAGGUUACAAUCGAUGGAGAAGAGAUAUUGGGAAGAGAUAUGGAAACCAAAUGGGUAAACAAAAUAGGAAAACAUAAUAAAACAUCACAAAAGAACAUAGUCCAUAAAAGAAUUAAUACGCUACACUCUGCUGCUGAUGCCUAUGAACCAUUGGAUUGCUUCAUGGCCUUUUUUACUCCUGAAAUAAUAGGCACAGUUUUAGAACAUUCAAAUAAAGAAAUGAACAAGAAGAAAAGCACAUUUUCUCAGAAAAGAAAAAAUAGUAGCACCUUCAAAGACCUUGUGAAAGAAGAACUUGAAGCAUUCCUAGGCCUUCUUAUUUUGUCAGGGGCCCUGAAAAACAAUCAUAUUCCAGUGACAAAAUUGUACAACCCAAGACUGUGUGGGGAAAGAUACCAAGCUACUCUCUCGAUAAAUCGCUUUCGAUUUAUCAGUACUAGUCUAAGAUUCGAUGAUCGUGAAACAAGGAAAGAGAGAAAGAAAACAAAUAAAUUUGCACUCGUUUCACAGAUAUGGAACAUGCUGAUCGACCAGUGUAAAAAAAAUUAUAAGCCAAGCUCUUAUCUUACUAUCGGUGAGCAGCUAGUAGGAUUCAGGGACAGAUGUCCUUUUCGUACGUACAUGCCAAACAAACGUAACAAAUAUGGUAUAAAGAUUCUAAUGAUGUGUGAUCAAGCAACACAGUAUAUGAUAAAUGCUAUCCCCUAUCUUGGUAAAAGUUCAACAUCCGGCAAAAUUUCUGCUUCCAGCCAUUUUAUAAAAACUCUUGUGGAACCUAUGUCAGGAUCUAAUCGCAACAUUACAGCUAACAGCUGGUUCACCUCCGUGCCUCUCGUAGAAGAACUUCUAGAUAAAUUCCAACUGACCUAUAUAGGAACAAUAAAAAAGAACAAGCUUCAGCUUCCUUAUCAAUUUAUAAAUAUCAAAUACAAAAACCGCAAUGUUGGAUCUUCGCUUUUCAUUUUCAGAAAAAACAUGACUGCGGUUUCAUAUAAAGCCAAGAAAAACAAGCUGGUCACUUUAAUCUCGACAUUUCACAACGAUGAUGCUGUCAACACGUUGGGAAAGGCGGAAAUUGUGUUAAAUUAUAGCAACACGAAAAAUGCUGUUGACGCUUUCGAUCAGAUGUGCCAACAUAGGAACUGUGGACGAAAAACUAAAAGAUGGCCUGCAUGCAUAUUUUAUAAUAUGAUCAACAUUGCCUGUAUAAAUGCUUACGUUGUCUACGUACACAAUUUUUACAAAAAAAAAUCUCAUGACCCAUCAUCACCUAGUGAAAAACAAGAGAAGCCACUAUCUAGAUUUGAUUUUAUGUUAAAGCUGGAAGAGCAGUUAUCCCAACCAUGGUUGCGAGAGAGAUUGAAAAUGCCUAUAACGAAAUCUUUACGACAGAGCAUAAAAAGAUGUUUACUAAAUGGUGUACAAGAACCGACGAAUGUAGAACAAACAAACGACGAGCCUGCGAUAAAAAAACGGAGAUAUUGUACUUUUUGCGACUAUAAGAAGCAAAGAAAGUCGAAAAUGGAAUGCGAUCUCUGUAGAACACCCGUCUGUGGUGAACAUUAUAAAAAAAUUUGCGCUAAUUGUGAUAGAAUGUGAUAUACACGAAACAAAGUUCCAUGUUUUAACUAAGUCAUUUUCUUUUACAGAUUUUAUAUAUACGUAAUUUUCAAAAAACUAAGACUGAUUUAAAAUGUAAAGACUUUUCAAUGUGAUCAAUUUCUUCUUAUUCUAGAUUUGUUUGUGUUCAAAUGAAACGCUUAAGAAAAUUUUUAUAUUAAAAGUUUUAAGGAAGUUUU